AUGUUGUGCUUGGACAUAAAGCUGGUCUCUCGUUUGCGAGGAGUCUCGUUGACGAGUAGCUCAUCCACAAACGUGUCACCGGUCUCCUCGUCGGCGACCUCGACCUCAUCGGCGGCUGCCGGUGUAGAGAAGUGCAAACGAAGCAAAGGAAGAAAGGAGAGCUGUGCUGGAAACGGGAGCUCGGUGACGGAAAGCGACAGCGACGAGGAAACCUUGCCUGCUGCGCACGAGAUGAUCCGCAGGAACAGGUCCAGAUCGGUUUGCGUGUCCGCCUUGUCUGCCGCUCACUCCGGACAUCUGCAUCGACGGGCCAGCCAUCACGUGUCUACCACAGACGCCAUUUCCAGGCGAGGGGUUCUCUCCAGACGAUAUUAUGGCAGCGUUGAAAUGCUGCCGCAGAUCGAGCAAGACGGGUCCGACAAUGGGAGAAGAUUUCGAGUGGAGAACGGAGAUUCCCCUGGCGAGAAAGAGGAAAUGUUUGGAUCGCCGAGUACGCCGAUAUUGGAAAAUCCCGAGUACCAGACACGUUGGUACUUCAAAUACUUUCUCGGAAAACUGCACCAAAAUUACGUUGCUGCUGAUCAAGAGAGAAAUCCCCUGUUUCUCUCGGUAGUGAUAAGCGAAGUCAGUGACCAAGUCGUGCCAUAUUACAGAGUGAUUUUAUGGAGGAAAACCGGGGCGCAGAAGAUAUCGCUGCCGUACUCCGUGAAUAAAACGAUGACUAUCAGACAGAUCCUGAGCAAUUUCUUCGGACUCGAGAAACUCGACAAGGCUCCACGCGAAGUCUUCUCUCCAGAAAUUCAAAAGGAUCUCCUGCUGCUGGAAGAACAGGAAGGCUCUGUCAACUUCAAGUUCGGCGUGAUAUAUGCAAGGAAAGGGCAAACAACCGACGACGAGAUGCUGUCUAAUGAAAAGGGUAGUCCAGGAUUUGACAAGUUCCUCGAAAUCCUGGGCGAGAGGAUAGAACUGAAGAACUGGGACAAGUAUCGAGGUGGUUUAGACGUAAAAGGUAAUAUGACUGGGAAAGAAAGCUAUUAUACGGUAUACGCGGGACACGAGGUGAUGUAUCAUGUGAGCACAAUGCUUCCUUACUCAAAGGACAACCCGCAACAGCUGGAGAGAAAGCGUCAUAUCGGUAACGAUAUCGUUAACAUCGUUUACACGGACGAUCCUAACGCCAUAGACACUUUCAACCCGAAUUGCAUUAGAAGUCAAUUUACCCAUGUGUUUGCUGUGGUAUCGACGGAAGAAAACGGAAAAGGGUGGCGAGUGGCUAUUUAUUGCGACGAAAGCGUGCCCUUAUUCGGACCAAGCCUUCCCUGUCCGCCAGUAUUCGAGGAUCCAUACACCCUGCGAGAAUUUCUUCUCGUGAAGUUAAUAAACGGCGAGAAGGCUACGUUCAACACUCCGACUUUCUCCCAAAAAAGGGAAAGAACCCUCGAUGCUCUCCUCAGGGAUAUGUAUCAAGAACAUUCGCAGGAGAGUAAAAGCAACAGUAUGUUAAACCGACGAGCAUUGUCGGAUGUGGUGGAGGCUCCAGGUCGUCGUCGCGAGGAGACGCGUGCUGUGGAGAUGGUGCGCGUCGGCCAGGCCCUGAAACUCGAGGCGAUCGUCAGAGGUUUAGCGCCAACUUCCUUGGCCACGGCUGGCCCCUUGAAACCUAGACCAUGGGAGCCAAGGUGCAUCUAUCCGGACUUUCCUCACGAAGUCGUCUGCGGGGACGUUUGGCUAGACAGCAGGAUGGUUCUUGCCACUGAGAACGGAACUUUUUUGAUCGAAGACAGCUUAUCGCACAGACUGAUCUUCGACGAGUCCGUGCAGAUCAAGCAACUGGACGUAGUGGAGCAACACGGAAUAUUAUUAUUUCGCACCGGUGACAAAGGCAAGGAGAGCAACGUGUACGUUUUUCGUCUAAGUGAAUUCGAGAACACGAGUAAUAGGUCUACCGACGUGCUGAACGAUCGCGAAGACGACCAGGAGUACGAAGACAAUGGCGACGAGGAGGAUAUGGACGAUGACGCUGAUGAAAGCGAAGAGAAUGAUUACGAGAAUUUGACCCGGGCCACCGCGAAAUUUAAGCCCGUGAUCCGUCGUACUCAUGUUCGUGUACGUCCUUUGGCUGUCAGAGGACGUGCCCAUAUAAAGGAAAGAAGGCUACCAAGAACUCGGGGCUGCCACUUGUACACCAUCACUAUGCCCGGUGGUUCCCAUCUACGUAUGUGCGUGGUGGUUGGACGACGUUUGACGGUUCUGCAAUGGAAGCACAGCGCCGCUUGGACUACAUGGUGUUCUGCAGCGGACACGGAUACCGUUGAGGGAUUCCUUCAUCUGAAAGAGUUCAAUGCUAGUGAAACUCCAUCGUUAGUGACGAUAAUCGAGAAUACUGAUACGAACAAUGAAUGGACGCUGUGCUGCGGUAUCCGACACCAUUUCGAACUGAUCUCAGCCUCUGGAAGCACGCGAACUCUGCAUAUCGAAGGAACGCCGAAACCACAUCUGGUAGCUGCUUUGGAUCUCUGCGAGGACGAAGAACCUGAAUUACUACUUUGCUAUAAUAAUACAUGUCACUUUCAAAAACUGCUGGAGGAAAAUACGGCACCAACGGAAUUCGAUUUCAACUGGAAUUCCGUGCCUGCAGCGAUAGCUUGUGCCUUCCCCUACGUGAUCGCUUUUACCAACGACACAAUGGAGAUACGGUUGAUCAUCAAUGGAAAUCUGGUGCACACGAUCGCCAUGCCGAAUCUUAAUUUAAUCACCUCGAAACAGGACAUCUUCUUCGCCACGACGGCCCCGGAGUUUCUACCGGGGAAAUGCGAAAGAAUCCGACUGGACUCGAAGCCCUCGGACAAGGAGGAACCGGUUUCAAGUCCGCCUCCUUUAGCGCAAUCCUCAUCGUCUCGAUCUAAUCUACAAAACAGUCAGGGCGACUGGAAGCCGAUAAGGAUCUACCAAAUACCGCUGCAAACAUUAUCGAGAAGCACUUUAUCGACUCGCUCGCAACGACGAUGCCCCAGCCCGGUCGAGCCGGAAAUCAUCUCCGCGCCACCAACAACCACUGACAAAAGUUUCCUUAGCGUUGAGCCUCACAGAGCACUGAGCAGGUCAUGCAGCAGUAGUCCGACACCAACGCCGACGACUGCGAUGCCACCGCGAUUCAGGAAAUAGGUUAGAUCGCGAUCGAAAAAGCUUCAUUUAACGACGUUUUCACAGAUCGCAGCUGUACCUGACGCUCGUGCCUCGGUAGGAUCGACGAUGGAUAAUGUACGAUUCUAUGCGUUUAAAGUGUAGCUAGAAUUUACUGCCGUUGCAAAGAGCAAUCGAGACAAGUUUGCUAUAAUAGACAACGUAACCGUACGUGCAAAAAGUGCCCUUGGCGUUUUUCAAGCAGGAAAAGCUCUUUGGUUGCAUAUGAUUUCUUUUUCUUUUCAUACUUUUUUAGUACAGAC